UAUUAUUCUAUAGUCCUAAUCCGCCGAAAUAUAGUUCGAAAGCGUAAGUUAAGUGUUUUACACUAGGUGCGAAGUAUCGUCGUUGUGAUACGCAUUCCAACCCUCGUCCUAAGGGUUAUAUUUAUUUAGUUUUUUUAGAAAGACGCGACACGUACAUUUUCGAAAUUCAUUUUGAAACAGGACACCUCUGGCGCUAAGGCCCCUCUUUUCCAUGCGGAGGAAUACGUUGUUGGGGCUGACAAUGUGGAUGGAGGUGGUUUAAGAUGUCUACUGAAAGAAUGAAUCCAUCUCAAUUGUAGGAACAAAAAGGAAGUCGUGUGGCUGACGGCGAGCUGCUGUUUGGAUACUUUGUUUUUACGGCGUGGAUUGUGUAUGAGAGGAUGUUUAAAGCGAGAGUAGGAGACGUUUUGUGGUGAACAACGCUUUUCAUGCGCCGAGCUUCAAAUUCUACCCAAGUUAGUUUUUUUUUCUGCCUAACAGACUCAGGCUUUCUUUAUAACCCCUGGAUGUGGAACAUCUAAAAAGCAGAGGGCUCUUUAAAGACAGCAGGUCAUAAACGAGCAGCAGGACCACAGAAUGGCGGUAGAGACAGAUAAGGAACUCAGCGACCUCCUGGAUUUUAGUGCGAUGUUUGCACCUCCUGUGGCCAAUGGAAAGACUAGGCCAAUCACACUUGCCAGCAGUCAGUUUGGAGGCUCAGGUUUGGAUGAGCGCAGUGAUUCCAGUCCAUGGGCAGCCGGGGAGCAGAGUUAUGGUGAAGGCUCGCACUACAACGAGCAUGAUUCGUUAUCUUCCCCAUUCCUCAGCUCAGGGAUUGGUGGAAAGAAUGAAAGGGGACCUUAUUCUUCAUUUGGAUCCCAGCAGGGCUUCCUGCCUUCAGAUAUCAUAAUGGCCAAUGCUGAUGCCAUGUCUCCCUCGGGCCACAAAUCUGGCUCUCAGUUUUACUCCUUCCCAAACAACCCCCGGAGACGGCCACCAGACGGAAAUAUUGACACCCAGCCAAAAAAGAUUCGAAAGCCUCCAGGACUGCCAUCUUCUGUGUAUGCCUCCACAUCGGGUGAGGAGUAUCCCCGGGACAGUGCUGGAUAUCCAGGCUCAAAACCAGGUCACGUGUACCCUGGUUCCUUCUACAUGCAAGAGGGUUUGCAGCCUUCCUCUGAUCCCUGGACAUCUUCUGGGCCUCUGGGCCAAUCUAGCUACUCGGCCAUGCUAGGAAACUCUCCUCACAUCAGCCAACCUGGCUCCUUCACUGCUAUUAAUCCACAAGAUAGGCUGAAACGCCAGCCACUGCCUCUGUCGCCACAGAACUACCCUCUUCAUGGAGCAGAUGUCAACGGCUUUCAUUCAAGCUCAGGAGCCUACAAUCACACAUCAUCUUCUAUCAAUGGAGCAGACAGCACUAUGGUCAGUAGAGGUUCAGCCACAGGCAGCUCAGGUGACGAGAUCGGAAAGGCUCUGGCGUCGAUAUACCCUUCAGACCACAACAGCAACAACUUCCCUUCCACACCCUCCACUCCAGUCGGCUCCCCCCAGGCCAUUACAGGUGCUUCUCAGUGGCCUAGACCUGCAAGCCAGACAGCCCUCUCGCCUAGCUAUGAAGGUGGAUUACAUGCACUUCAAAAUAAAAUGGAAGAUCAUCUGGAGGAGGCCAUACAUGUGCUGCGCAGUCAUGCAGUUGGUCAGGGUCCGGGGUCCAGCCUCAGUGGAGCUCACUCAGAAGUUCACAGCUUGCUGGGAGCAGUCUCGUCAUCUGUUCAUAAUGGAGCGCUGGCAGUCCUUGGCCAGGGCUUUGCUGGUGCUGUACUGGCUCUGGGCAACAGGCACCCUGCUAUGGGUGGCAGUCACCAUGAUGACCCUGCUUGCCUUCCUCCCAGCAGCAGCCUAUUACAGUCGUCCCAUGCCCCAGGCACCCCACAGCCUGCAGGAGCACCGGAGGGUUUCAGCAGUUUGCCAGGAGGUGUAGCGGGUUCAACACACUCUUCAAACAGUACAGACAUUAAGAGGGAAGACAGAGAAGAGGACGAGAACUCUUCUGUGGCAGAUAAGUCUGAGGAGGAAAAGAAGGAGAGCAAAGUGUCUCGUAACAGAACAAGAAAGGAGGCGUUCUCCUUCCAGAUCCAUUCAAGUAUCUCAGACCAGGGUGAAGAUAAAGACGAUGAGGAUGAUGAAGACUUGCCAGCAGAGGUGAAGCUAGAGCGAGACAAAGAGCGGCGUGUGUCCAACAAUGCACGAGAGCGCCUGCGAGUGCGUGACAUCAACGAGGCCUUUAAGGAGCUGGGACGCAUGUGUCAGCUGCACCUGAGCAUGGACAAACCACAGACCAAACUGCUUAUCCUCCACCAGGCUGUCAACGUCAUCCUCAAUCUGGAGCAGCAAGUGCGCGAGCGCAAUCUAAAUCCUAAGGCUGCAUGUUUGAAACGUCGGGAAGAAGAGAAGGUGUCUGGUGUGGUGGGCGACUCUCAAAUGUCACUGCCAGGAGCUCACCCAGCUCUAGGUGGUGAUGGGCACAAUCCUGGUAAUCAUAUAUGAUGAUCCUUGGUUCAUGGAAGAAGUGGCCUUUUAUCUCCAUCCUUUUCUGAGUGUGUUGACACGCAAACAUGUUGACUUGGAAAGUAAAUCGUCAAUGAACUUUAAGAGGUGCAUCUUCACAUGUCCAGAAACACAAAGUACUGCCAAAACUGACCCAACCCAUUGUGCAGCACUCCUGACCAUGAUGACCAGCGUAAAUGUGAAGAACUCUAUGUAUUUUAUUUCCUUUUUGUAUUUUUCUGCUUCCAUAAAUGAUGGAUCACAGGGAUAGAUGUGUUGUAUCCCCACGCCUGUUCACCCCACUGCUUAGUGUAUGUGGGAAGAGAAACUUGUCAAACAAAUGUCAAAAUCUAAUCAAGGAUUUGUGCCUAAUUGUUACAUUUUCUAGGAGACACUGAAGCAAAAUGCUUACUUGUGUGGAACAAAUUUGUUUGGGAGAUGCUUGUGUAUGAGUAAUGUUUUAUGUAGCUUGGCAUUCCCUACUUACAGGUACAGUCUUACAUGUGUAGUGUAACCAAACCCAUGUAAAGUGGGCAAAAAACCUGUGGUGCUUUUGAGGGACAAAAGUAUCCCAUCAUGCCCAGGUUCUCUGGACUUAGGCUUGUCAUUAGAGACCAGGGAAACUAAUCAGACUUUUGUGAAGUUAAUUGUUUCAGGAACGAUCCACUUCUCUUGAAACUAUUCACAUUAGACUGUGGCUCAUGUGAGCUCAUGUGAUGCUUUCACUCGAAAGGUGUCCAUAACCCCGCUCGUAAAUAUUUGGUGUAUUUGAUGAGAAAUUAAUCAGCUCCCAGUUCUUCAGCCUCGGCAUUCCUGCUUGUUUUUUGGUUCUUUUAAUCUUUUGUAUAAACCCACAGUGAAGCUCAAAUGCUUGCCAGUCUGGAUGUUACUGUCCUUGCAGGCCUUGACAUCUAAAUUUUUCCUCAGUUUGUUGUCAGAGAUAUGAGAAAUGUUUGGCCUGGCCUGUCUGCUGUAUCAAAUUAGGAAACAUGGAGAGCAAAAAAUCCAGCAGUUUUGUCUUAUUUACAACAACAAGCAGAAUGUUUGAGUUAAAGGCAGAAACAGUAAGGAUGCCCACUCUUAUCGAGUGUUGCCAAAACACUGAAACCUCAUGUUCAUCUCACUCAUGCAUAAAGGGAUAUUAUUUCAUCGUAAGCAAAAUGUAAGAAUAUAUAUAAAGAUAUAUAUUUUGUUAGUAUAUACAAUGUAGAUUUAAAAAAUAAUUUUCAAUAAUGAUUUGAGGUGUAAAAUGUAUAUUGUACAACUGAAAGCAGAGACAAACAAUAUAGUAGGUGCAUUUUCAGAAUGGCCCUGGAUCAUUUGUGUAAUGUUCAGUUCAAAUCCAUUCUGCAGUUAUACUCCACUCACCAGAUUUCACAUGGACAUGUUAUGUUUACUUUCCAUGUUGUUGUGUUUAUGCUUCAGUUAGCUUUCCCAUUAGAAAAAGAGCUGAAGAAAUGAACUGAUUGUAAUGUAUGAGAGUUCUUGGAGGUCCGUCAUAAAUUUGAUUUCAUUUGUUACUGUUGGUCAAAUGAUUUCCUUUUAUUAGGAAAAGCUGUUACCGCAGCAGGUCAGUGUGAUUACAGUUCCCUUCAUAUUGAAAUGUUCAUGGAAUGUCGUAUAGCAGUUAUAUAGCCACAAAUGCCCAAUUUGACUUAGGAACAUUAUGCAACUGGUUUUGAAUGUAUGCUCAUAUAGAUUAUACUCCUUGUUUGCUGUACGUUAAAUUACUGCCAGUUAAGUUGAUAUUACUUCUUUUGACAGUAUAUCUAUCAGUUUCUGAUGGAAACAAUACUUUUUGUGAUGCAUAUGAAUGGUUUAAUGUAUAUAAGAUAUUACAGUGUUAAAUUCAUAAUAGGUAUGCUGAUCGUGACCAUUUUGGACACCAUUAAAUACCAAUAUUGUUUUCCAAGAGAGAUUGGAAUACAUAUCGAUUAAUGAUAAAAUGCAUAUUUGACUUUUAAAAUAUUUUCAAUGUGGCCUUCUUGUUCUCAAGGCAGUCAUAUUUUGAGAUUGGUGCCUUAACAGUGCCUGAAUUUAUUUUUCUUGUGAAAAAAAUAAUCUUUACCUGUCUUUUAUCUGUCCUGACUUGCUUAAAGUAAACAUAUGACUAUAAAGUCUCUUAACUGACAUUUUAUUUUUAGGAAAAAGGGAAUCAAAAUUUCCAUAAAGCUGUACAUCUCUAAUUAGAUCCCUUUGUGAUUUGCCAUAAAUCUUAGGAUUGUUGGACUUACCUUUGUUCACUUGUAUAAUCUUUUUGGUCUUGUCUUGUCCCAUUAUUUUGUUUGUUUGUUUGUUUUGACUUUUUGAUCCUGAAUAUAUUCUGGUAUCUAUAAAGCACAUUAUGGAAGUCAGCUCUUCCAUUUUGGGGAUUGUUCAAACACUAGACUGUUAGCAGUAUUUCUUACCACCAGCUGGAUUGACGUGCCAUUCAUAAACGUUAGAAAUGCCUGAUUGUAGGUCUUUCUCUCCAGCCGUCAGCACAUACUAUAUUUCUGCUUUUGAAAGGGGAUAUUAAUUACUUUUUAUUAACUCAGAAAUAAGUCAUUUGCUUCUCUGAUUUCUUUAAAUGAAUAAUUUUUAUCUCACUGUGCUCUUGUUGCCAACAUUAUAGAAAGACGUUGAACUGCAUUUUUCCAUAAAGCCAAUCAAUAAUAUGCAUUACAGCUUUAGGUGGAACAAAUUGUUUGCAGAGGGACUGCAUUUUCUUAUGUUCUGGAAGUUUCAUGGUUUCACAUUAAAACUCAUCUUAAAGAAAACCUUUACAGGUUGUUUUGAUUGGGCUGUUCUUAGAGUCUACUGUUGUACUCAAGCAGAAAAUAAGAGAAUUCUUUCCAAAUUGUCAUUGCAAAACACCGUUUAACUCUUUUUGUAGGGACAUGAACAAUAAAUACUGCUGUUGUGGUUCCAGAGUGCCUCCUGGUGCACGAGUGUAUGUGUGCGUGGGUGUAUUUUUGGUCUUUUAUUUUGGUCUUUGUUUUUAUAAAUAUAUAUAAGUAGUUAUUAAGACCCUGUCCUGUAUAUAACAGUAAUGUAGCAAUAAAUGUGCCAUUUUUAAUAACAAAAUUAUACAUUUUUUCAAUGUCUGGCUUGAAUUACUGUAUACCUUUAAAUGAGUUAAUAAAAUGUAUUAGAGUGAAUGAUUGGACACCA